GCGGGAGUGAAUGUUUUCAUUGCGAUGGGCAGCAGUAUCUUUGGCAGUGCUAUGUAUGCUCGCUGUAUUAUUUACUAAACAAAGAGCACCGAAACUGACUGGACAUGGAACUGUAGGAGCCUGUCGAAAGUACUGUGAAACUUGUUGCCGGUGAAUUUUAAGGCAACCCAUGCUAGGAAUGCAGAACACUUGACAGUGAUUCCUUUGUUGCAAUUUGUCCCUCACCUCCAGGUCUGAGAGACGAACAUGAAAUUUCAGAUUAUCCAUUCCGACGUUACGUUAGAAUAAUUUGCCCAGUUUUCAGCUGAGCUGACUUGGAAUCCCUUAUUUUGAAGUCAGAGUUAUGAUUCCUGAUCCUGUUUGGUCAUCGAGGGAUUUUAGCUUUGAUUCGGUCGAGACCUGUCCUAAUCUGCAACAGAAUUCAUCAUUGCUCAGGUUAAUGAUUCAAGAAGCCAUUCCACAACUAGAAAUAAUGCUCAGCCUAAGGUUUCUAACCUCGAAAUUCCGCGCACAGACACUGAAUGAAGUUCAGCCAUUUGAUCCUGUAUUGUGCAAGAUUUCAGGAGAAGAAAUUGAGAACACUGAUUCAGAGGAAGAGAAUCUAGAAGUAGAACAGUUGUUUAGAGAAAGAAGGCUUUGCAACGGAGCCAUGGGACAGGUUCCAGGACCUCUCCAUAAUCAGACCCCAUCACUUGCCACAAAACCAAGACCCUUGGAGGAUAGCUCGUCAGAGAACAUUCUGUUUUCAACAGCUGACAGAAAUAGUUCUGAAGAAGAACUUGCUUGUAUGGACAGACAAAUUUCUGAAAAGCGGAAGUGGUCACAGAUGAACCAGUGGAAUAGGAAUAGUGAUGUUUCCAGUUCUAGUGAUGAGGAAGUCAAAGAUCUUUUCACAAAGACUGCAUCCCCUUUGCAAUUCAGCACCUCACCUCCAAAGCAUCUUUGUAAACUCUCACCAAAGAGAAUAGAUAGUAAAACUCAUUUCAUGGCAAAUGUUGUUAGUCCAUCAUCAGGAGAUUCAUGCUCACCAAGGAAAAGACACAGACUUAGUCAUCAUGAUACACAAUUGCAGAGUGGUAGAAGGAUAGACUUUGAAAAAAUGCAACAGAAAAUGUUUACAAAGAGACACACACUCCACGGUCAUGGAUUAAAAUCAGCCAAACUAGUUCGUAUUAAGGUAGGUUGAAAUUGCAUAAUUUGAAUCCCACAUACAUUCCUUUUAUUAAUUGCCCAUUAUCUCAAUUAUGAAUGGAGUACAGUUGUAGGUGCUAAGAUGUGGCACAUUUCAUACAGCUUUCAAAACAAUCAAGAUUAUUGAUUCAUGCAGUAUUUUUGCCUACUAAAUGUUCUAUAUUAUUAUGACCAGGGGCCCGUAACACAAAGCUUAGCAAUGACCAUAGAACAUUUUUCUACGAUUGAUUCCAUUGACUACAAUGUACAAUCAAUCGUGAAAAUCGAGCGUACGAUUAAUCGCUAACCUUUGUGUUACGGGGCCCAGGAUGUCUAUACUCUAUAGUAGUAAACACAAUAGACCAACACACUGUUCCUGCUAAAUUUAGAUUUAAAUAAAUGUCCUACAAAUAGGCUUAUUUUUCCUUUAAAUUUCCAUUUUCAGUGCAUCCACUCAUUUCACUGUGACAUCAAUGAAAAUAACAACAAACCACGCCUACAUUAUAGUCCUGUCUCCCUUUCAGUGAUUUGAUAAUUUCCCUGGUAGUGGUAGGCCUACUAUACAUGUACAGGAAUAUACCUGCAUGAAUGUCACACCAGAUAGUAUUUCAUCACCAUUUAGCUAUUUCCUAAUUAACCUAAUUUAGUGGUUUAUAGUUUAAAUACUUAUAAAUCAGAGAGUGUAAAUAUAAAGAGAAAAGUUAUUUAAAUUUUGUGUUAACUUUAGAAAUGAAUGACAAAUGUGAAGGACUAUUGAAUUUGAUUCCUAAAACUUAUUUUAGGUCAAGUCUAAUAUUAAGUAUGGGGGGGGGGCAUGAUGAAGUCAGAAGAAAAAUACUCUCCCAGGUGCCUUGAACACAGGCUAGAAAUAGGUUGAGUGAUUUCUCCUAGAUCCCUCUUCUUUAGAUCUCAGCAAGAGAUUUCAAUUCUAUCUGCCAUGCCAGGGGCUUAAAGAUAUGAUUUACACACGGGUACACUACAUGCAUGGAGCUAUUACUCUAUGCUACAUGUAUUGCUGUAAAUAGGCUAUAUAGGCCUACUCUCCUUUUGUUAGGUGUGAGGAAUACAUUUGAGCUGAAGAGGUCAUUAAUUAAGCAUCUGGGGAAAUUACAUUAAGAAAAUAUGAUGAAUUUGUUAUUAGAUAGACAUGUAUAGUAAUGGCAAGCACUAAAGAGAGAGAGAAAGAGAUAAAGAGAGGAGUAAAACAAAGAGAUGGAGAGAGAUCAUAGAGAGAAUGAGAUAUUAAAAUGAAAAUUGCAUUUAAGUUGGCCCAGAGGCCUAGGCUUAUUUAUAAGCAAUAUCCAUCACAUCUCGACAGUGCAGUUUUUUAAACUUAGAAUAAUGAAUGAAAUAAUUUAUUACCCAUUUUCUUCAAUACAGAAUUUCUUUUUAUUUGUCCAAUAAAGACUUCAUUUCCCAGCUAGGUCUCACCAUCUAUUGUAUAACAUAUAAGUGUCCAUGUAUUGUAAUUGUGUGCCCUAGGUAACUCACAAUAGAUCCUUCAUAAGAUUUUACAUGAUUGCUCCAUUGCACAUGCAUCCAUCUGAAACCCCACAUUCCACAAGCUUGAGUGUAAACUGCGAUUCUGGUCCUUGACCUGAAAUAAGGUCAUUCAAGUGACCUUUGUAUGUUGAUUGGGGUAGUCCCUUGUCUUGUUUUGGAACUCCCAAUCCACCUCUUUUGGUCCCCAUCAACUAUGAAAUCAUAUACCCCUCUAACAGAAUGCAGAUGCUAUCUUGCCCCAGGUAAUCCCACCAACUGGCAAACAAAGUAUUAAAGGCAAUGUGUGAGAUGACAUUUUAUAAUUCUCUUCCACUUUCCCUUCAAUUCACUUCUACCAGAGAUCUACCAGGGAUAUGCAUAUCCCUGCUUCUACUAUACUUUAAUUUGUGAGUGGAUAUAGAUAGUUUCGUCUGAAAUCUUAUUCUUUAGUUUUACUUUUGAUAUCAUUACUGAAUUUCUACUUUUCAUUUGCUUGAUUAUUUGAUUUUAGAAAGAAAAUAGAUAAUAAACGAUCUUGUUAUUUUCAUAUUGUAGGAACCAGGGGAAUAGGUUGGGUAUAAUAGGAGUUACAUAAACGUAUCUAUCUGGAGUAUAUCCAUUAGAAAGGAUUUAAAGUGACUACCCUUUAUUUGCUAACGAUUGUAAUAUCAGUUACAAAAAGGUAAGCUGUGCUAUCUAAUGUCUGAGAAAAACAAAACAACAGCAUUAAAAUAGGAAUUAGCCCUACUUCCUUAAUUAUUACUGACCCAGACCUAGUUUUUGUCGACUACUAUUCAGUUACAGCAUUAAUUGGUAACAGCUGACUCACAGGAUUAAGAUUAGUUUUGGUGAAUCGUUGUUACAUUCUGUUCGCUCACUGCAAAUUGAUUUACUAGUAAUGUGAUACAUCAACUCCAACUUGCACACAGUUUCAUGGUAUCUUUGUUUGAUAUGAUAUGAUUGGACACAAUGUACACAAGAUAGCACGCAAUGAUCAUAAAUACCAUGGAUCCAUAUAGAUCUCUUGCCAGUCACAAACAAAGAAUAAGCUUCAAAGUUUCAUGAAGGGAGAGAGACCACUGCAGCUGCCGCCCACAUGCUAUGAUACAUAUUGCCUAAUGAGAAUGUCCAUCCACGUCUAUGUCUACUAUGCACGCAAUUCAUUGGCUGGAAGUCAACUUUGACCUCGUCGUGGAGUCGUGUACCAAUUUUCUACAUUUCGUAUGAAUCAAGCUUGUCUAUUAAUUUCAUACAUCAUUUAAUACUUUCAUCACCACAAAUAUGCAAACUUCAUGGUAUGAAUUUGUAUGACAUUCUCCUUUUCAAUUGCUCGCAGUUGGACCCAGUCCCCUUGAUAACCAUUUUUCAGAAAAUUACUAUUUCACUCACUCAUUUACUCUACAUAAGCCUAUUUGCUAAUAUCCAUGAUAUCAGUGAUCCAUAGCCCAUCCCGACAUCAUGUGUAGUUGAGCUUGGCUUCAUGGUUUAGCAAGCCCUGAUCGUUGUGGUUUGAGCAUGGAGCUCCAGGGUUUGAGUCCAAUGAAUGAUGUUGCGGACUUUAAAAAUUGGGUUGAUUUUUAGUUAGCAAGUUCUGUGUGAAGGGAUUGAACUUAAUUUUGACAUGAUAUUUAUCAGGUAUAACUAUUUGGGAGAGUUUUUUUUUAUUUGCAAAGAUGCACCUAAACCCCGAGUUCUAUUUUCAAUGGCAUUCAGGGAUUCCAAGUAAUAAUGAUUUAAUGAUGUUUAUUUGGUUGGAAAGGCCAUCAGAAGAGAGGGGGCAGGAUUUUAUGACAACAUCAAGUUCAGUUCACAUUGGUUGACAACAUUAAAUAACAUGCUUCUGAAUGGAAUGGAUACAACAUGGUACAUGUACAAGGGAUAAUCAUUUUGCCAUUUGUUCGACCUGCUGUGUCCAAUACAUGUUUUUUUUAAAUAGCAAAAUGAUACUAAACCUUUCGUGUAUAACAAAAUCUCUUUUUUCCAAGUUGUUGGUUCUUUUUUUUGUACAGUAGUGAGGACUAUGGGAACAUAAUAUUCAAAGUGUGAACAUUGCCAUUAGAAGGAAAGUCCUUGGCAUUCAGGAAAGUGGAAUAGUAGAGAUAGCUUGUUGUGUCAAUCACUCCCUAGGGUGUGAACAAUCCUCAUGGUAUGGCUAGAGGUGUUUCAAAGACAAGACUGUGAUAUCAAAUACUCUUCAAUAAUCUUUUAAAAUCAUUUGUUUCUCUUUCAUUUUCCUUUCUACAUUGGUUUAUUAUUAUUGAAAUUCCCAUGGGUGGAAAGAAUUAACUUCAAGGAGGAUUCAUCACAUAAAAAAAAUUCUUCUAGAAUCCAUGGUUAUACUCAUGAAUUAUACUAUUUAUUCAGUACUGCAAGUUCAAAGGAACUGGUGAAACCUUGAUGUUCUAUGCACAACAUUGACAUUGGAUGUGUGCCAAUUAAUGCUUUGAUAUCAUGUUUUGUUGAAAUUUAAUGAAUGUUCAAAGUACUCUAUCAAGUAAAUAAUAGAUAUAGAGUCAAAAGGAAUGAGUGGGCAUUUACUUGAAAGCUUUCUGUCAUAAUUUGUCAGAAAUCAAUCAUUUGAAGCUAGCUCUGAAACUUGAGAGUUGGGAUAUCAUUUAUUUAUAAUAUGGUUGAUCAAAGGCUAUGUCUUUAUUAUUGAAACUCUCAUCUGGCGGAGGUUAGUUUUGAUUAUGAUGGGCCAGGUCAGAUGUUUGUUAUCCUGCUCUAGAUGUGAUAUCAAUUAUCAUCACAAUAACACCUCUCCUCCUUGAAAAAAUAUUUUUGUCAUUUGGAGUGAAUAUGCAUCAGUGCCUUGCUCUAGUACACAGUAUCUUUAUCACAUGGUAGAUGAAUUGGACAGCAGCAGCUCUGAAAAUCCAAACAACUCUAGUGCUGAUGAAAUAUUUAUCAAUUUGGUCUGGUAUGUGUGUAUGGGAGCUGUCACGUCAAGUAUAUACAAAACUUCAAAAUUAAAGAAAUCCCAGAUCUUGAAAUGACACCGGGAGGCAGAUCAUUGUAACAAACUCAAAUCAGUGUUCCGGGAUGAUGUUGUUAUUCACAUGCUCAAGCAUCUUCUUCAAUUUCAUCUGACAGGGCUUUACAUAAACUGGGAUAGCCUGUUUCACAGUCUGUCUUGUCAUUAAAAAAUUGAUGCAAAUAUUCUAUUCUUGCUAAUGCUGAGGUGUACAAACACAAAAUAACUACGUUUAUGAUGCAUUCAUUUAUGGGAAGAUGAUAUUAGGAUAACUUUGUGUGAUUAAGGAAAAUAGUUAAAUGAGAGGCAAAAUGAUGUAAAAGAAUAAAAUCUUGAGUACUGGAGCUGGCCAAUUGGCGGGAGGGCUGUGAACUAUCAGGCUUGACUUACUAUUAAUCAUCCCUGACAUGUUGACAACAAGAUGAGCACCUAAUGAUAUAUCCUCCUGCUCCCAAACAACAUGACUCCUUCAGAAGUUAUGUCUAAAUUCACAAAUACUAUUGCCAACCCCAUCAACUCACUCACUGCCCCAAAUUUGCCAGGCCCGCUCGGCCAAUUACAAGCGGUGUGGAAAGUGAUUGAUGAAGCCUAUAAUGUGUGAAUUGGUGCAAUGAUGAUGCAUGGGAAAUAGGACUAGAUAUCUAACUACUAUUUCUUGGGAAAGUCUUAGCCUUUUUUUUUACUUCCAAUACAAAGGUGAUGUAGGUCAAGGUUAUGUGAUAUUCUAUAAUUAAAUUGCAAACAUAUAGGAUUUAUAACCAGCGGGUCAUGACACGCUGCCCGACCCGGAAGAUCUGGCGCACCAUCGCCUGGCGACCCGGUUGGGUGAUGCAAAGGUGCAACUUGUGCAUACGUGCUCUUUCACUUGCUUUGAUUCCUUUUUACGCGAGUUAGGAUAUAUAUUGAUGUACAUGUAUAUUUUGGUGAUCAGAAAGCAAUUUCAAAUAUGAUAAACACAAUGCAUCGUACAACUUACAUUAAUUUUGUGAAAAGUCACUGAAAACUGUGUUUUAAAAGGAAAAGGUUGAUCUUCAUGCUGGGCUUGAACGGUUAAAAUGACGUCACUCAUGUGCACGUCGUCUAUGAUUUUGGAGAACCGCAAAAUGGAUGUGGCGAGGUUCUCGAUUUUGAUAGUGGACGUGUGUGAGGACCUGAGGCAUAUGGCAGGCCAGUCCUCUAUGUCGACGUACGUUUCUAAAAGUGCUCAUUAUAUCCUUGUUAAAACCACUCGGCAUGAUGUCAUAUUUUCUUGAUAAAUAGUUUGAUCAGGGAACUGAUGCAGUCAUGUACACAUUCUUUACCAUUCACCCCUAAAAUAUAAAGCAGUACUACCAAACAAUUGGUGAAUCUCCCCUUUCUCCAGUUGGAGUUAUAUUACUUGUAUGACAAUUCUGAGCAAUUCUUUCACAGAUUUACUUUAUCUAGGGGCCCAUGUAACCAUGACAACUAAUUACACUGGACACAAUAGCUCCAUAUUGAUGAUGAAUAAUGUCAUUGUCCUAUUAUUGUUUACCCACUUUCCA